AUGGAGUCAGACAUCCCUGGCAUCGGAACAGAUGAGUCGCGUGCUCUCUUGCAGCAUGUGCCGGCUCCCCGCAGCAAACCCCGAUCUAGGAAUGGAUGCUGGACCUGUCGUGGCAAGGCCGCAAAGAAGCGUUGUGACGAGAGACGCCCCAUCUGUGGGAGAUGCGCCCGGCUUGGCCUCUUUUGCGACUAUCGCCCAAGACCGCGGAAGUCAAAGGCUUCAAGAUCGUCGCCGAGCCCGUCCUUGACACCGAGGCAGCCGAAUCCUAUUUCCCCUGCUGCCAGUUUAGCCCCUCCUACCGACGCCCCCUGCUCGCUAUCCCUGGCCCAGGUUGACCAUGAAGCUAUUCGCUAUUUCCGGACGGCAUUCGCCAGUCUUCAUCACACCAAGCACCAGGAGUACUCAUGUAUCUCCAUCAUGUUUACUCUUGCCCAGGAGGACCCGAUGGUAAUGCAUAUGGCUCUAGCGCUCAGCUUUGGAGACAUGGACCUAAAACGUCCCAACCCAUCCCCAAAAUGCAGCCAGCGACCGACCUAUCAUUACUCGUCUGCCUUGCGACUCCUGGCCGACGCUGUCGGUCGCGAAGAGCCAUGCGAGGAUUUUGAUUCCCUCCUUACGACUCUAUGGCUCAUGAUUUUGUACGAGCAGCAGUUCGGGCACUCGCAGAGCCAGGGCUGUACCAACCAUAUCAAGGGGGCCGCUUCUCUUCUUCAACACCGGAUGAACAAGCUUCUCCGGUUUCCAACAUCUGACCAAGAUGUGGAUGCGCCAGCUUAUGCUCUGACACGAAGGUCGGGCUCAGGUACAAGGCCAAUGCUUUCGUUAUACUCGGCCCGUAUGCUGGUAUGGAUCUCUGGAUCGGACGCGGCCGCAGCUUCAACAGGAGGAGGUGGUCACUUCAAUAGGACCUUGAUGUCUCUCCUAUCUGAAACACAACAGGAGGAUAGUGGCGCCAAUCUGAAUGAUCCAUUUGGGCCCCCUCCGCUCUCCCCUCUACAGAGUUACAUGCGCAUGCACCGCUACUCGAACCCGUUAUACCGUGUUGCCUGGGGCCACACAUAUCCCCAAGCCGAACUCCUGGAUGAUCUUCAAAAUCGCAACAUUUACAAUCUCUUGACCGUCUGCAACCUCCUGCGCUUCAUGGUGGCCGAACUGGCUUCCAUUCCCGACAUUUCAUCAAACGAGUUUCAACAGCAGGCAGCAAGCGUCUCUGCCGCGAUUAGAAACGCCAAUUAUACAUACGCAGAGCUGUUGGAAGUUUCUCGCGAGUUGUGCACAGAGACGGAUCAUAGCCAAAGACUCGUCGCCAAUAUUCGAUAUAUCGUUCCCAUCUUCUACGGCAUCCAACUCGAGUUCCUCCGCAUCACACAACCAAACUCACCUCUCGGGCAAGGAAAAAGGCAGCGUCUUAUUCUUGCGGAAAUCAUGCGGCUGGCAUUCCAGCUGCGUAGUCACUGGGGCGACGAUGGACUGAGGAAGAUUGCGUGGCCGCUCUUUCUAGCUGGACUCGAGACGGAUGAUCUACUCCAUCGAGAAUGGAUCCUUGAGAGGUUUCAAAAGAUGAGCGAGAUGGGGGAACAUCUAAAGCGGGCGUUCAAUUUCCUCAAGGAUGCCUUAGUUAUUCAGCAGGGUAGUGGCCGCAGAGUUGACAUCAGAGAGAUGAUGAAGGGGUAUCCCAUAUUUGUGCUAGGCUAG